AUGGGAAAAUCAUCAAAAGAUAAGCGAGAUAUCUAUUAUCGUUUAGCAAAAGAACAAGGAUGGAGAGCUAGAAGUGCUUUUAAGUUAUUACAAAUUGAUGAAGAAUUUAAUAUAUUUGAGG